AUUUUUUUCCUUUAAUACGUAUUUAAAAUAUGGUGAUGUUUUAUUUUUUAUUUUUUUUCAUAAGCAAAUAAAGACAUUUCCACUUCCUCAUAGAAGUUGACACCUAGUGUUGCGUGACAGACACACAGUGACAAAGCUGAUGGACUGUAAGCACUGAGCAUACACACUGGUUGAAUGUAAAGACAUCCUCAUUGUUGCCACUCAAAGAGAAAACAAAAUGACACAUGUCGUCGCUGUGAAGCUUAUUCUACUUUACGGUCUGCUUGAAGGCAGCCUGUGUCAGGAGUGGGCUACUAUGUUGCCAUCGUCUGUGCAGGGCGUGAGUGGCUCGUGUAUUCAUAUUCCGUGCAGGUUCACAAUACCUCCUGUUUGGGAUUCGUACCUGGACCGUACCUGCGCCGCCAUUUGGAGGCGAGGCUACUCCAGGUCGUAUGUAUUCGACUCCAGUCGCACAAGAGAGGAGAGUGCCAACCUGAACCUCCUGCAGGGAAACCUCACCGGGAACUUGUUGGUAAUAAAAAAAUAUGAUUCCGAAGAAAAGGACUGCAGCACCAUCCUUGAGGACAUGACAUCAGACCACUACGACUCGUAUUUCUUCAGGCUGGAGUGUGACAACAGUCUCAAGUUCAACUUUGACGAGAGCGUCGUUUUGGACAAUCGAGACUCGGCACCCCGGCCCACUAUCACCCGCAAUGCAGAUCAAGUCGAGGAGGGUACUGCAAUGGCUCUGGAGUGUGGGGCGCCGGCUCCUUGCCCAACGCUGCCGCCCCUCCUGACCUGGGCGCCACUGUUGGGCACUGUCACAGAGGCAGGGAAGGCUGAGGUGGAGGAAGCGGCGCGCGUCACCGCAGUCAUGAAUUUCAAUGCCACUUACCUACACAACAGACAGCGUGUGACCUGCAGCGCCAUCUACAAGAGGCAAUCGGGAUACAUGGAGCUUUCCACAGAACGCACGAUGACACUUCAAGUUUUGCAUGGUCCUAAGAACACGUCAGUGAGCUACGUCGGCCCCGUGACAGCGGGCACGUGGGUCACGCUGACCUGCAACACCAUCGCCAACCCUAGCGUGAACACGUACACAUGGUACAGAGUGGAUGCCGGUCAGGGGACGGUGGUAGAAAACAGGAAGCGACACUUAGUAAGGGUCACGGAAGACUCGCCCACCUUCUACUGCAGGGUGCGCAACACAUACGGAGAGCAAAACUCGUCCGUAACCACCAUUGACGUCCAAUUCCCUCCCAAGGACACCACAGUGAUCGUGCAGCCCACAGAUGUCAUCCUGGAGGGCACCACGGUGUUCCUGCUGUGCCAGAGCCGAGCCAAACCGCCCGUGUACAACUACAGCUGGGCCAUAAACGGCGGUGAGGACCUGGAGAUUGGGGACAUCUUGACCCUGGAUGGCGCCCUGCCCAGACACAGCGGCGAGUACCGCUGCAAGGCCAAGAACCUGCUGGGAGAGGAAACCUCCACACCCGUUCAGCUGGACGUUCAGUAUCCACCCAAGAACACUUCAGUGUCAGUGUCACCACCGGGCUCUUUACCCGACGGCAGCACCGUCACUUUAGGGUGCACCAGCAUCGCCAACCCGCCGGUCGCCAACGUCACCUGGUAUCGAGUGAAUGCCGGGGAGAGGUCGCUGAUGGGUUUGGGCCAGGAAAUCAUCUUCAACGUCACCAAGCUGUCGCAGGAUACGUUUUACUGUGAAAAUGUCAACGUCCAUGGGGCCCAGUCGGCUCAGCCAAUUGCCAUCAAUGUGACAUUCAGACCAGAGAUCCUGGCGUCUUCCCGCUGCCAAGACGUGUCAACGCAGAUGCGAUGCUUCUGUGACAGCCAGGCAAACCCGCCGCCCUCCCUGCACUGGGAAUUGUCCGGGGUGCUAGUCAAUGACUCGGACCAGCGACCAGUCACGGAGGAGGCCCUCGACAGCGCCACCCGGAGAAGUGUCAUCACCCUGGAACGCCUGGACAGCGAACUAGUAGUGUCCUCGCUGAUUUGCUUCAGCUUCAACCCGCUUGGAUUUGACAGUUUUGCCUUUAACAUGUCCUCCCCUGCCCCCCAGACAGAUGUGGUGGUUCUGGUGGGUUCUGCGGUUGGGGUGACGGUCAUGCUGAUCUUGAGUCUCCUGCUGCUCUUGUACAUUUGCAGGAAAACCAAAGGCAACUUCCCACCCAGAAAGGGACGAGCAGACAAUGCCGCAGACUUUUUGGUCACCAAUGAGAGCACUUCUGCCCACGCUAACGCCAUUUACGCCAAUAACGACGACUUGGCCAAGGAGGCAGUGCAGGACGAAGAGCAGCUGCACUAUGCCAACGUCAACAUAGUCAUGCAGGCCCGCGACCACGAGGAGAUCCGAGGACUCUCCUCCGUCACGGGGGAAUACGCAGAGAUACGACUGCGCUCCACGGGAAGCGACAAAGGUGGCGAGCUGGAACUGAAAAUGGAACCGGAGUCGGAGCAGGAGACAAAGAUGGCAGAGGAUACUUUUGGACAGCAAGUGGCGAGUGAAGAGGUUGUGGCCUCAACACAGUGAAUUGGUGGUUCUCAAACUGGGUCGUAGUUUGGGGGUCCCCAUAAGAAUUAGCAAGAAAUUAUAUUGUAUCGUUUAAAAAAAGACAGUGGUACUUGACUUACAAAUGCCCAGAUUUUUGCAGAUUUUUCGAGUUACAAGCCGUCGCUUGGUCAGUUUUUGACAUUUGGAGUUGGAAACAAACAUUUUACUUCCGCGUUAGCGUGACACUCGCCAUCUUUAAUACAUCAUACUGACAUGCGCUCAUAUGAAUUAUAUAUUGUUUCAGUAGGGUGCAAGACUUUUUCACUAGUGUAUACGAGCGAAGAAAAUUCUGUUGUGUGUGAGUCUUUACUAGUGUAUUUAAAGGCAUUUUGCUUUUGUGACCAAUAAUAUAUAUUUUUUCAAACUAGUGUGUAUGAGCGUAUUUCAGUAGUGAAUGUGAGACGUCACCUCAUAGCUUGGGGCCAAUUAAGAGCUCUGAUACGAUUGUGCCAAAUUAUCCCAUAAAUCAAAUUUUUGUGUUGAAGAACAAAAGGUGUCUUAUAUUUUUGAGAAAAAAAGUCGUCUUUUCCAGAGUAAAAGGCGUAAUAUUACAAGAAUAAAGUUAGUCACUAAAUUACAUCAAUUCUUCCCUUGCUUUCAUUAAUACCAUAUGAUGAAUCUUGAAAAAAAAUAAGUUUUAUUCUUGUGAUGACUUAUCCUGAAAAAAUCAUUUUGUUCUUUUAGAGACGACGACUUUUUUUUAAUGAAAAAUACUUUAUUCUCAUAGCUUUUCAACUUUUUUUCCUCCAAUAUCCUCUCAAAAAAAAAAAAGGCAACUGCAUGGGAGGAAAAAUGUCUACCCUGUCCCUGCACUUGAGAACCGGUCCUACAGCGCCCCUUCAAAUUAGUAUUUUUUUGAGCCAUUUGAUUUAACCCUGUCAAUUUUGCCUGGCAAUAAUUCCAAGUGCCUGCAAGAUAGCCCUUUUUGAGUUAAUUUUUUUGUUCGCAUGCUUAUUAGGCACUUGCUACAGUUUCAUUUUUCAUUCCCAUUUCUUGACUUGACAUGACUUUUGUGUCCAUUUAAAACAAUAAUUUUAGGUGAGCGGCAGUUUAUUGUAUUUAUCUGAUUUUCUUAUUGUUGAUUGCAAAAUUUUGACAAUGAACCAACAUUUUUUUUCCAAUUGUGCUUAUUUUUAAAUUGUUAAUUAACAAAAAUGUCACAUUAAUAAAAUGUUUCUGUUUAUUGAAACUAUACUUUUUUAUGCAACUGUGGAAAAGUGUCAUUGGUAAAUGUUGGCUUUGAGCCGUAUAAACAGAAUUGUCUAGUCUCAUGCAUCCGCAUGUUUAUCCAGAUAUUCCGUUUGCAAGAUUACUAAAAAAAUAUAUAUAUAUAUCUGGAAGGGUCAGAUCCGUGCCAACAUUUUAUGAUUUCCUAUAUUUUAUUUGAAAUAAAUGUUCUUAUAUUGAGACUUUGUGGUGGGAUGUUAUGUGGCAAAAGGAAGAAACCUUUACAUUUUAGAGCAGAUUUUUCUCCCCUCCACACCUUUGCGCUCUCCCAGUAUGCCCAAGUGCUUGCUUCAAGCUGUCCAAGUUGAAGUUUACUGUACAACUUAAUAUAAAAGAAAAAGAAUUACGUUUUGUAUUUCAAACCACACAACUUUGUAUAAUGCUAACGCACAAUGCAAAUCCCCAUAGACGGACUAACAAAACUAGCAUCAACGUAGGUGUAAUUAAACCUUUAAACAUAUUUGAACACAAGCUGUAGCAACACAUGCAAGAAAGUGCAUACAAUACUUAUUAUUGAACCUCUGUGAAAUGAUAGUUUAGUGGCCAUGGGUUUUGGUUCAUCAAAUUUUCGUCUCGUAUUAUUUGUAAUGUAUUUAUACUGCCCCCUCGUGGCCGAGGCGCACACAGAAGGAAUGGCACAGUGCAAAAACUUAUUCACCAAUGUUUUUUAUAAAGUACAAUACACUUAUAAAACAUGUUACAAUUUUUGUUGUUUUCGGGAGCUGGAAUGGAUUUAUGGGAAGAUUUGAUGGUGUUUUGACUUACAACAAAGUCAUGGAAAGAAUUAGACUUAGGCACCACUGGUUAUUGAAACUGUGGCCAGGGGUUUAAAUUUUUUUAGAUUAAUAUGGAUAAAUGGUUAACAUUUCGGCCUUGGCAGAGGUUUUCUCUUGACAAAUAGUCGUUUUUAAUGUGCUUCAUUUGCUUUCAUUAUUUACAACCUUGGAUGAAAAUAUGACACAUUCAUAAUUAUCUUUGAACCGGCAGUAUCAUUAGCCUUAACGUGAGCUAAUUUGAACAAUUGUAAAACUUUUUUUUUUUUUUUAGUAAAGGUACAUUGAAUGGUGCAGUUGUAACUAAUGAAGCAACAGGUUAGACUGAGAAGCCGAAUUUGUUGUCUUCGUCACUGCGGUCUCCAGUACACUUGCGCCUGCAUUUGGGCUUGAAGUGUACCUGAGCAUAGUAUAGCUCCACUGCAUCUUCUUUGUUGGUGCCCUAGAAGAACACAGCGUGUUAAGAGGUCAUAAUAUUAUAUAUUUAUACAGUACAAUUGACCUUAUAUACCUUAUAUAGCAAAUGUGUCUGUGGGAUGUGCGCACCACUGACAUGCGUGUACACUUUGAAGGAGAGUUUGUUUUUUAUUCUGUCUGAAAUAAAUCUAAUAAAAUACAUUUAAUCCGAA